ACAUAUUUGAAGCUCUAGUCAGAGACGAAGCAGAAUUGUUCGUGCUCUUAAUUAACGCUUGAAAGAUUUCGAGUUCUUAACUGAAUAGUGUGAUUGCAUAGUACUGGUUUCUUGCUUUUGCAGAAAACAAUGGAGAUGGCAUUGAAGGAUAUGGGGCUCGACAGUUCAAUGGUGGCAGCAAUUUAUGACAUGCUAGACGUGAUGGAUGAUACAUCCGAGAGUAAGCCCCAGCACCCAUCACGCGCCUAUAUUCGGGACACCAAAGCCAUGAAAGCUACCCCCGCCGACAUCAUCGAGUAUCCUAAAGCCUAUCACUUCGUGCUAGAUAUGCCGGGGCUGAAAUCCGACCAAAUCAGGGUCCAUUUGGAGGACGGCAACUUGCUGGUGGUGAGCGGGGAGCGAAGGAGGGAGAAAGAGAAGGAGAAGGAGAAGGAGAAGGAAGAUGGUGUCAAGUAUAUAAGGAUGGAGAGGAGAUUUGGGAAGAUGCUGAAGAAGUUCAUCUUGCCUGAGAAUGCCAACAAGGAGAAAAUCUGUGCUACUUAUCAGGACGGGGUGUUGAGUGUUGUGGUGGAAAAGUCACCCCCGCCGGAGCCCAAGAAGCCGAAGGUGAUUGAGGUGAAAAUAGGUCAACAUGAAGGAGGAGGAGGAGGAGGAGAAGCAAGUCAGGAAGUUAGAACUGAAGGCAGCCAGGGACCAGCAGAUACCGAAAAAGACGGUCAGGAGCCAACUAAAACUCAGUGAGAUAGCUGGCUGGGGACCUUGUCCGGGGCUGGGGCGUUCUUCAUCAGUAUGUUGAUGGUUCACUGCACUAGAAAUAAAAGUAAUUGCGUAGCAAGCCUUUCAUUUCCUCGAUUGUAAUAUAAUGGUGUAAAUACUAGUCAUGUUUACUUUUCUUGUUUCUUUCAUUGGCUUGUUUUCCCCUUUUGGCAAAACCAAAAAUGUUGCAAGUGCACCUGUGGAUGUAUGAUGGAAAUUGGAAACUUAUGACUCUA